AUCUUCACGUCUUUAUCUUCAAGCUCCAUCUCGUCUUCUCUCUUGGAAAUCAAAGACAAGGGCGGCGGGCGACAUGGAGAGGGUUGUGCUACUCUGCUCCUUAUCUUGCUCUAGCACUAUCUGAAGGCGCCUUCUCUCCUCACCAUGCUCCUUGUCUCGCCUCUUCUCCUCCAACAUCUGCAAGCCCCGGAGGUCACAGCAGUUCUUCCCCUACACUGUGUUGACUCUCCACUUUUGGCGGAAGCACCCCACACCGCUGCUAUGCUUGGGGCAGGGCUUUCCUAUAACUUCCAUCCGUGCAGUCUCCACCUCCCUUGUCGAGAGAGGAACCCUUUUAUUAUUUUUCUUGAUCCAAGGUUAUUCAUAAAAAGCAAAAAGAAUGACGAUGCAUUAUAAAUAUUAUCACAGAUUGUCUCGCAAGGGUUACAUCGACUUAGAGGUUGAAUUGCCUUCUUCCUCUUCUCGAACCUUCUAAGCCGUUGCAGAAAGAUCGGGAAGCCGCCGCAAUCGAGUCUUCAUAAUCAACGAUCUCUCGUCUUCCUGGCCGAGUCGCUGCUUGUCCUCGGUGCUUCUUUCUCGAUUCCCUAAUUCGCAGAAGAAACCGGCGAUGUUUGGCGUGGUCUUCCCGGAGCGGAGCUUCCCCAUGGACGCAUCGGCGUUCGCGCAGAUCGACCCGCUCCACUGGAUCCUUGACAUGAACUCCCUCGUCGGCGAUGCCUACCGCGACGUCAGAGAACUCUGUGUGUUUCUCCUCCCGGCUGCGGCUUCCUCCUUCCCACCCGGCAAGGCCCUCGCCGUCUACUUCCAGCCCCCUGGUCAUCCCUUCCUCUUUUGCGGCGCCGUCCACCCUGCCCGCCCAUCCGCUCUCCUCUCCCUCCCCUGGCCUGACCCUUCCGAUGAACCCCCCAUUCCUGACCCUAACCCUAAUCCCCUCCAGCUCGCGCUCACCUCCGCCAAGAUCGGCGUCUCGGUCGAGGACCUCGCCUCCUUGCCACCCGUCGCUGACGCCGGCGCGGAGAAGAAGGCCGAGCGACUCGCUCUUAGGGUUGGCGAGAACCUCUUCAAUUUCAUGCAGUCCUUCUGCGGGAUUGACGGAAGCCGGCUCGUCGUGCCCAUGGAUAUCCUUGACCGGUGGUUCAAGAAGUUCCAGGAGCGAGCCCGGAAGGAUCCCAGUUACCUCAAAGAUUUUGCCUUGUGACAGACAGGUGAAUGCCCAAUCCCAAAGCUUAUAGCAGCGUGGAUCCUCUGGACCUGCCUUCUCUGGUCCCCUUGACCGCAUAACUCGUAUAAAAGGCAGAUCACGUGCAAAACGUGUGUUGUGUGCACACAGAAACACACGGAUCCACGCAGAGAUGCAGCAAAACCCUAACCUCUCGUGAUCCGUUACCUCCUACGACCUCCUUGAGUAAAACCCACCGUGACCUCCUGCGAUCUUCCUCCCGCGGCCUCCGAUCCUCCUGCGACCUCCGGUGAUGUCUGAACACAACUGUCCGAAGCAUCGAGCAGCACGUUGUAGACGACCCAGUUCUCCAAUUCCUACGCCGACGGCCAGCUUCGAGGUCCCGCCUCAACCCUCGAUGGCCCAAGCUUCGAGCUCCGCCCUUGUUAGGACUAAUUUUUAGGUACUAUUUUACCUUAAUUUUGGCCAUUGCCCUGAUUUUGGCCUUGUCGGAUUUGUGAGAAAUAGAAAAAGGAGGAAGAAAGGAGCAUCUAUAUUUUAUCUUUAUGGAAUCUUUAUGCUACACACCUGAAAAUAAAUAGAGGCUAUGAAUGUAAAAUUCCUGGUUCCCUUCUACCAAGUCUAUACAUAGUUAUAGCUUAUAACUGACAUUUUAAUUAAAAAUGUGGUGCUAACAUCAAUAUUACACUCACAAGGUGUUGAACAUUCUUAUGAGCAAAACCUACUGCAUUACGUGGGAAUGUAAUAAUAAUUUCAAUUGUGUAAAAAAAAUCCUGAUGCAUAGUAAAUUCAAUUUUGAUACAGAAUUGUAACAACAUCUUAUCAUCUCAUACAAAUAUAAGCAUUAUUUGGGAUUGGGAUUGCUUAGCAGUGUUGUAUACUUGCUAAAAUAAAGGUUUAGUAAACUGCUGACAUGUUGAGGCAUUUUCUGCAUAUAUAGUAGAGCAUGAGCUAAAUAUUUAAUUGGGAUUGGGAGUUCAUGAGGAUUUUUCAUCAGGAAUGGUUAAUUAUCUUGUAUGGUGAUUAUGCACAAUUAAUUAAAUUGGAGUAAUUGAGAAUUAGUGCUUUCGAAUCCAACACAGUUUCUCAAAGAGAGUUCUAUCAAAAGGUUUGGGUGAUUAUGAGUUAUUGAGUUUAACACUUGAACUUGUAGGGCAUUGAUAAAGCACACAUUGUAAUCCACCAAUUCCUUAUCUUCUCUUAACUCAUAAGGAUGAGAAAGCACUAUAAAGUAUAUUUUCUUUUACCUUUUUCAUUUUUGGUUUUCGAUGGAAAUGGGCAACCUUUGAUAACGUCAUAUUUACCAAAGCUAAGUGUAAGUUACAUAUAAAGCAAAUGGCAACAAGUGUAAGUUACUUAAAAGUUUUACACGAUGGACAGGUAAUGUUGAGUGUGACAUUCUUUGACGGGAUUGAGGCAUUUUAUGCAUGUUGGAGAUUGUUUUUAGCUUUUUUUGCGUCGAAAUUUACAUGCUUUAAUCAAAUUUAUGUCUUAUUCAUAAAUUGGUGUUGUUCAAGUAAAAGGAAAGAAAAAUCAUGGCAGUCGGUUCUUCAUCAGUAUCAUCUUUCUUUCACUUGACAACGCAUGAAUGACGAGCAAUGUGAAGCUCCCCACAUAUUAUGUUAUUGUGGGUUACGAGCUAUUGUUUAGACAUCAUGGAUGAAAUUCAAUCUAGGAAGGCGACUUUUUUCAUAUCCAAAUUUUAGAGUAAGUUUUCAUUAUACCAGCAUGGUGUUGUGAGUUUCUUAAUUAUUAAGUUUUGAUUAAGUUGAUUUCAGGAAAGGGGAUAUGACUUCUUCUUAUGGCAUGACCCAGAACCGUUAGAGAGAAGUAAGAGAAUUAUUAAUGAGUUGAAGAGGAAUAACAAAAAAUUAAAGUUGCAGAUUAGUGCAUUGAAGAAAUGUACAAGCUACGAGGGUGUAGUUGAAUAUAAUGAUGUUCUGGAUGAUGGGAACACAACAAUCAUGUAACUAUGCAGUUGAGUGAUGAAAUAUGUUCAUUGAAUAUGAAAUUUAGAGUUGAUAUCGUUGUAGUUGUAUGUAUCUGGAUUGUGAUGAUGGGGAUAUGGUUGGUAUAACUUGUUUCGUGAUGUAACUUGACAUUGUGAUGUAACUUGACAUUUUGACGUAACUUGUUUUGUUAUGCAAAAUGUCAAAGUUACAUCACAAAACAAGUUACAUCAACCGCAUUCUCAUCAUCACAAUCCAAGUAAAUACAACUACAACGAUAGCAAUUCUAAAUUUUUCAUUCAGUGAACAUAUUUCAUCACUUAAUUGCAUAGUUACAUGAUUAUUAUUUCCAUCAUCCAGAACAUCAUUGUAUUCAACUGCACCCUUGUAACUAGUACAUUUCUUCAAUCCACUAAUCUGCAACUUUAAUUUUUUGUUAUGCCUCUUCAACUCAUUAAUCAUUGCCUUAUUUCUUUAUGAUGAUUUUGGGUCAUGCUAUAAGAAGAAGUCAUAUCUCUUUUUUUGAAUUUCAAAUCAACUUAAUCAAAACUCAAUAAUUAAGAAACUCACAACACCAUGUUGGUAUAACGAAAACUUACUUUAAAUUUUGGACAUGAAAAAAAUCGUCUUUUGGAUCAGAUUCCGUCCAUGAUGUAUGGAGAAUAGCUCAUAACCCACAAUAACAUAAUAUGUGGGGAACUUCACAUUGCUUGUCGUUCAUGCGCCAUCGAGUGAAAGAUGAUGCUGAUGAAGAGCUGGCUGCCAUGAUUUUUCUUUCAUUUUACCUGAACAACA